AUGGCCUCGGCAAGCGACCUGGCUGUCCUGCGGGAGCUGCAGAAGCGGCCUGAGAACAAGGUCUGCGUAGAUUGCUAUUCUAAGAACCCGCAGUGGGCGUCGGUGAGCUACGGGAUAUUCAUGUGCAUCGAGUGCAGCGGGAAACACCGGGGCCUCGGCGUGCACAUCAGCUUCGUAAGGUCGGUAUCGAUGGACGCGUGGAAGCCGGAGGAGCUGCGCAAGAUGCAAUUAGGGGGCAACGAGCGUUUCAACGCGUUCCUGAAGAAAUACGGCGUGGACAAACACACCGACAUCCUCAAGAAGUACCACUGCACGUCCGCAGGGUACUUCCGCGACAUGCUCCGCGCGGAGGCCGCGGGGCAGCCGUACACCCCCCCGGCGCCCGGGCCGAACAACAUGGGCGCGUCCCCCGCGGCGCCCCCCGGGGGGAUGCACUCGUCGAGCCAGCCGAACUUCGCGCACCUCGCGAACAGCGGGCCGCGGGUGGGCGCCGGCGGCGGGUGGGACUCGUGGGGCGACUUCGACAAGGCCGGCACCGCGGGAGGCGGCGGGCUCGGCGGCGGGCCGAAGCGGUAUGGCGUGGGCGCGAGCGCGGGCGGCGCGGGGGCGGCCGUGAGCUCCGACACGUACUUCGCGUCGCAGGGGGGCGGGACGGCGCCGGCGCGCGGCGCCGCGGACGACGAUCAGGUGGCGCAGGUGCUGUCGCGCGUGGGGACGGCGUUUCGGCAGGGCACGAACGCGGCGCGCGCGGCCGCGAAGGAGCACCACCUGGACGAGCGCGCCGCGGCGGCGCUCGCGGCGUCGCGCACCGCGGCGCAGCAGGGGUGGACAGCAGCGCAGGGAUGGUUCAAGAGCGCCAUCGGGGCGGUGCAGGACUUCGCGGAGCGGCGGUCGGGCGGGAACGCGCUCAAGGGGCUUGCGCAGCAGAACCUGACCGGCAACAUACUCACGUCGGACUCGUUCGGGGGGUUCGAGCAGGGGGGGAGUCCGGCGGGGCCGCGGUCGGCGGCGCCCGCGCGGGCGGCGAAGACGUCGGCGUCGAGCAUGGGCGCGCGGUCCGCGGGCGGCGGGCAGGCGCGGCUGGGGGCGUCGAAGCUGGGGCAGGGGGCGGCGCAGGGCAACGGGUGGGACGGGGCGGGCGAGGGCGACGACGACUGGGGGAAGUGGUGA